AUGUUCUUAUUGAUUGUACUUCUAUAUCUUGAUGUAAUUUACUCAUUAUCCAAUGAAACAGAAAUAACCACGACUAUGUCAUUACCAAAUGAAGCUGAAGUAACCACAACUACGUCAUUAUCAAAUGAAGCUGAAGUAACCAAGUCUACGUCAUUAUCAAAUGAAGCUGAAGUAACCACGACUAAGUCAUUAUCAAGUGAAGCUGAAGUAACCAAGUCUACAUCAUCAUCAUCAAAUGAAACAGAAGUAACCACAACUACGUCAAUAACUCAAGGAUCAAAAACUACUAUUUCAUCAAAGAAUUCAACAAAACAUCAUGAUGAUGAUGAUGAUCAUGACGAUGAUGGUACUGAUGAUCAUGGCGAUAACGAUGAUGAUGAUGAUGAUAAUGAUGCUAGAAACUCUACAAGUGUUGUUAAGAGUUAUGAUCAAGAAAAGAUAAUACCUAAGAAGAUAAAUAAACUUGGUGAAUCUGAAGAGACGAUUCCACCAAAGUAUAGACAUACCAAUAAAACUGGUCACAAUAAAAUAGGAAGAAAGAAAAAGUUCUAAUGGACUAUCAGAAAUGAUAAACUCUUCAAUAGAUGAUUACAUAAUUAAUGAAAAGGAUAUCAUGGUAAACACUAGUAAACAAGUUUAUUACUCUAUUUGUUUGAUAUUUUGCUUACAAUCAUAUUCAAUAUAAACAAACUAAAUAAAUCUUUGUGUUGUUUACUUGUAUCUUCUCAUUGUUAAUUAGGACUGCAGUUGAUC